AUGACUACCACACAACAAGACAAGCCUGCAGUCGUCUGUGUCUUUUGCGGCUCAGGCGCAGGCAAUGACCCCAUCCACAUGGAGACAGCGCGCGCCCUAGCCCACGAAUUCCACAAGAACAACGUCCAUCUCGUCUACGGCGGCGGCACAAAGGGUCUGAUGGGCGAGUUGGCGCGCACGCUCGUCUCCCUGUCCGGCCCGCAAGCCGUCCACGGCGUCAUUCCCCGGGCGCUCGUGCGCGUUGAACCAGGCUACGACAAUACGCGGGAGGAAGAGAAGCCCACCGAGAGCAGCGGGAAGAGUGCCGAGCGGACCAUCAAGGAACCCCUUGACAAGACCGCUCUGCUCGGGGAGUCCGAGUACGGAACCACGACGAUUGUGCCGGACAUGCAUACGCGGAAGCGCCUCAUGGCUGAGAAGGUCAUGGAGGGAGGUCCCGGUUCGGGAUUCGUUUCGCUGGCGGGUGGGUUUGGCACCAUUGAGGAAGUCAUGGAGAUGACGACCUGGAAUCAACUGGGCAUUCACCAUCUGGGAAUUGUGUUGCUGAACAUCAAUGGAUACUGGGACGGGCUGUUGUCGUGGGUGCAGAAUGCCGUCAAGGAGGGGUACAUUGGUGCAGACAAUGGCAAGAUCCUAGUCGAGGCGAAGGAUCCUCGCGAGGUUCUGCCGAAGCUGCUGGAGUACCGGGUUAGCAAUGGCAGGAUGAACCUGGAUUGGGGCCAGGAAUGA